AUGUACCCGUGGGUACCCCCCUCUGCCUCCCAAACACGUCUUUCAGUAGCCUCCCCGCCAUUUAGCUCUAACAACCGAGCUAAUCACAGACAUUGUGCAUGUAUAAGUAUGAGUAGCAGUUCUUCACUCUCCUUCAACACCACCAACGACAUCACCAACGACACGAUUAUGGUGGCCGCUCUUCCAGGACGAAUGGGCAAUCUCACGCCCGAGCAGACAGCCCAGCUCAAAGACAUGUGGGCCCAUCUGAUGGCUGCUAUUGGAGCUCUGGAUGACGAGAACCUCAAGGAGGUGACUCGAGCUGUGCAGGAAAUGGACUUUGAGGCCGGCAAGGUGGCUGCCGCCAAGCACGGCACCCCCAUUGAUGAUGUGAGCGCGCUAGAUCUGGCUGCCUUUGCCGAGGUUCGAAAGACCAUGUCCAUUGAGCAGCUGCGUCUGGCCUUUUGGGAUAUGGUCCACGGAGAUUCUCCCGACAACUUGCUUCUGCGGUUCUUGAGAGCCCGAAAAUGGGAUGUGGGUAAGGCGCUGGCAAUGAUGGCCAGGACGUUUCACUGGCGGGUGUUUGACGGCAAGGUGGCCGAGACUGAGCUUUGGGGAGAGGCCGGAGCUCUUCGGGACGGAGACGACGAGUUUCUGCUCCAGUUCCGAUCCAAAAAGUGCUUUAUCCACGGAAACGACAAGGAGGGACGACCUGUGGUCCACGCUCGACCUGUCAACCAUAACCCCAAGCUGCAGACCCAAGAAACCAUUGAGAAGUUCACUGUCCAUGUAUGUGAGACUACUCGUCUGAUGCUGCAUGAACCCGUGGACUCCGCUACCGUGGUGUUCGAUAUGAAGGGCUUUGGUCUGUCUAACAUGGACUACAAUGCUGUCAAGUUUGUUAUUCAGUGUUUCGAGGCCCAUUACCCCGAGUGUCUGGGAGUUCUGCUGGUCCACCGAGCCCCCUGGGUCUUUUCCGGUAUCUGGAAGAUCAUCAAGCCCUGGCUGGAUCCCGUUAUCGCCAAAAAAAUCCACUUUACAAGUAACACCAAGGAUGUUGAAAAGUUCAUCGAUAUCAGCAACAUCCCCAAGGAUAUGGGCGGUACAGAUCCCUACCAGUAUGUCUAUGUGGAGCCCAAAGAGGGAGAGGCUGCCAAGACUGAGGACUCUGAGACGCGAAAGAAGCUGGAGAAUGACCGUCUCAAGCUGUACGAGGAGAUGGAGCAGAACACUGUGGCCUGGAUUAAGGCUGUUACUCCCGAGGAAGAGAAACAGGUACUGGCCGACCGAAAGGUCGUCACUCAGAAGCUCAGAUCGCAGUGGUGGGACCUGGAUCCUUAUCAGCGAGCCCCUUCUAUCCUAGAUAGAAUUGGAGACAUCAAGUAUGAGUAA